UCAGUUUUGUUAAUUCAUGGUGGUUGUAACUCUUAUCACAGUUUUGGAUGCCAACUCUAACUUAUCAUUUUAGAUGAAAUAUUUUAGUACAACUAAACUAAUUAUGCCCAUUUAUUACUAUUUCAUAAAAAUAUAUACCAUAAAGCUUUAUAAAUGUUUAUCUGCAGUUCACGUAAGUAAUUUUGAUUGCUCAUUUUCAACAAAUUAGUUCUGACCUGCUGACUCAAGACAACUACCUGACCUUUGAGACACCUCAAAGGAGGGCGAAGCGGCAGAUACAUCUCAGGUUUCCACAGCAGAUUGCACCCCAGAGCCAGCGUCUACCCUUCUGGUCAGCCCCUCAACCCCCACCAGUUGGCAGGCUGCCCCCAGCACAGUCAUUUAGUAGCAGUCCAUCAGAGUCAGUUUCUUCUUCAGGAUUCCGGCCUAUUCCUAAUCCUGAUGUUGUGCGUAAUUUUCAGUCAUUAGAGUUGAGGCCAACCCAAGAAUCUUUGCAGUCUACACAUAACGCAAAAACUUUUCAUCCCCUUAGUCCACACUCAUUGUUUACAACUCCUCAGACAAGGGUUAAUGUCCCAAGUAGCAACAAAGCUUUCCAGAAAGGGUCAUCUCCUGUCAGUACUGCACUUACACCAUCAAAAUAUUUUGUCUCCUUUGGAAACAGUAGCCAAGCAACAUAUGCUCAGAACCUGCCUGGUAUAAUAUACUACACACCACUUGGUGAUGAAAAUUAUUCGUUUUUUAAUCUUGGUGGUUCAUAUUUCCAAUCUGCUCCCUCUGCUUCUCAACAGUUUAAUGUACAGAACCAAAAUCAUUUCCCAGUAAACCCACCUGUGCAUGUUAAUGCAAAUUCUGCAAAUAGAAAUGGAGAACAAAGCAACUUUAAGGUACUGAGACCACUUACAUCUAUGCAUGAACUUCCAUAUAAUGAGAAUGGGAAACCACUUUUCAGAGUGGCUGAUGAACCUGAUACUACAAGAAAUGCAGAUGCAUUAACAGAGAGUUCUUCAAAACUGACAAAAAUGAGACAAGGAGCCUCACAGAUUCAAAUUAGCUUCCCUACUGCUUCUGUACAAGAAUCUAUAAGGCAUCAGGCAAAAGUGCCUGCAACUCUUGAACAACAUGGUAUCACAUACUAUAGUGAGCCCAGUGUCACAGAUGGGAUUAGAAAUUAUUAUGAGCCUAACAUUUAUUCCCACGUGUCUACUAAGCAUCACUCACCAGAAGAGAGAAAUACAAAUGGCCAAAUUGCCCAAAGCCAUGUGAGACACAAGGAAAUUCCAUCAAGAGUGGAAUAUUUACAAAGGAAAAUACCAAAUAUUGGGAGCACACUGUCUGCUUAUGACAGCCACACCCAAGAUUCAAAUGCAAAACUUCUAAGAGCGACAGCAACACAACAAAAUAAACAUCAUGCUACUCAACUGAGUCCAGAACCCAAACAAAGACCUAACAAAUCAUCUGGAGGAAAGCUGUACCCUGACCAAAAUGAGAGAGACUAUGAUGAAGAUUAUGUCAAUGAAAAGGAUGAUGAGAAUCAUUUUUUUCAACCUCCACCAGAUUUCUUUGAAGGUGUUAAUAAGUUUAGCCACAUAGAAAAUCCAUUUGCUGACAUAAAUUUUGACUUUGACACAUACAUAGAGAAAUUAAGAGGUGAGAUUCCAAAUCAGAAAAAGUUAAAUGAAACUAACACAAAGAAUAUUAAAUUGAAUGAUUCAGAACUAGAAAAUAAUGGAGAACUUGAGACAAGUGAAGAAGGAACAGCAGUUGAAGAGGAAGAGGAUGAUAUAACACAGAAAAGUACCGACUCUGGUUCUGGAAAUGCAGAACCAUCUUUCAAUGAGGAAACUGCAAAAUAUUCUCAGUCUUCUGUUGAUAAAUCUAAAACUGAAACAGUUCCAGUUGCUACCCACAAAAUCAAUAGGAGCAGAGGGAGACAGAGAGUGUAUAUUCAACAAGACUUACAAAAGAAGUUACCAGCAGUAUCACUGCAGCAACCGGCUAAACAGCGUGGAACUGUGAGAAUACCAAAUAAUCAUCAAGUGACACAGAAGACUCAUGUGACUGAAGCACCUACUUCUUUAAGGGGUAAAGAAUGGCAGUACAAGUUAGCUGAGGAACCAACAUCUCCUGUUUAUGAUAAGGGAAAAGCAGUUACUGCUCAGCAGUACAAUAAUUACAAAGGCAGUCAAACCUAUGAUCACACAACUCAUAAAAAUAUUCAAAAAAUCCCACAGACUGUCAAAGAACAUGCACAAACCAGUGAAGAUUCUUAUUAUACCACUAGCUCUAGAACACAUUCUGCUUCUGAUAAGGAGAGGCCGUAUACUGAUUAUGCAGCACAGGAGGAAAGGUACGAAACAACAAUAGCAGGAUAUGACAAUACAUACAAUCAUGGUAGUGAAACGACAACCAUAAGAACAAAAUCUAACAAAAGAAAAUUGCCAAACAGACAGAACUCUGACAAUCUGCAAGGGAAUUAUUUUCAAGGAGGCAGUCACACAUCUUCAGAACCCACAGAAACAGAACAAAAGCAUCACACAACACCAGACAGGAAACUACUAAAACAGGGACAGAAUAUUUAUACACAGGAUUCUGAAUGGCAAGGGGUUAACGAAGGUAAAAUAUCUGCACAGCAUCCUGUACCCAUUGACAAUAAUGCUCCAGGUUACAUCAACAAAGAAAUACCAGUGAAAUAUGUUGACACAGCUGCACUGAAAGUGGACUUCACUGAGAGCAGUGACAAUGAUGAAACCAUUAAAGCAACAUUUAAAGGAAAUGUUGUUAAUUAUUUACCCAGAAAUCCAAAUCAUACCCACAUUUCCUACACCAAUAUCUCAGAUAUUCAAGAAAAUAAUAAAAAUAAUGUAAUAGGUAGGCAAAAUAGAAGGCAUCCUGUCUCUCUGAAUUUACAGUCUUCUUCUAACAGAACAUCACCUACUAUCUACACUGGUUAUCCUGUCCUAACCACUGAUACCACAAUUCCCAGUGCUCAGUUGCUACAGACAACUUCAAAGACUCAUGCUGUUACAAGGAGACCUUCUGCAAACCAAUUAACAAGACUGAGAAGCAGGAGACCUACAAGUACUUCACUUCCAAAUGACGGUCUGAAUAAUACUGACUACUCGCCUACCUUACCUCGACCAUCAUUGACUGUAAAUCCAUACAGCCAAAGACCAUCACAUAAAGAAACAGCUGAGCAAUCAAGAAUUAUUAAAAGGCCUAAAGACUCUGACAGUGACAUCGAAGAAACAUAUAACAGACCACUUCCAGCAAGGAGUCAGCUGAUCAAAGAUGAAUAUGGAAAUGAAAACACUAUCAGGUAAAAACUUACUCUAUUUCAUGUCAUUGCAUUGCAGAGUAUUGGGUUACAUUAAAAAUGUUAAAUACUUUAGAAAACUGAUUGAGGACUGACAUAACAGACUGUAGUACCUCUCUCAGUAGAUAUUUCGUAACACAGUGAAUGAUACUGUUAAGUACUUAAUAUUAUCAGUAAGUCUUAAAAACAAUGAUUUUCUUUGCCUGUUCUAAAAUGCUGUUCACAAUAAGGUAAGUUAACACUUGUAAGCGGUAAAUUUUAUGUUAGGACUGCAGAAAAUCAUGUAGAAUGGUCAAAUCAAACAAUGGAAAAUGCUGGCUAGAAUAAUGACAAUAUUAUGAAAAGGAUAGAGUGCUGCUCACCAUAUAGUGGAGCUACUGAGUCAUAGAUAGUCACAACAAAAAGACUGUCUAACAAGUAAGCUUUCAUUGGAAUUAGACAAUACACUCAUGCAAACACAACUGCGUGAGAAUGUGUGUGUGUGUGUGUGUGUGUGUGUGUGUGUGUGUGUGUGUGUGUGUGUGUUUUGUCUAAUUUUGAUGAAGGCCUUUUUGGCCGAAAGCUUACUUAGUGUAGAAUGGUCAUUUUUUUACUCUUUCAAAAUGAUACAUGCUACAUUCAUUGCAUGUUUCAUUCUCCAAAAUCACUCACCUACCAUUUUGUCUUUGUUUGCAUCAUUCAGCAUCUUUGAGAAACUUAGAAAUGACAUUUCAGUGAACAGCAGCUAAGUAUUCACAACAAUUUUUUGGCUAUGUGUGGGAGAGAAAUCAUAAUGAACAAGCAAAUAUGAAGUCUGCAGAACUUGAAACAAGCUCUUUUCUGCAUAAAAAUUCUACUUCAAAAUUAUAAAUCCAGGUUUCAU